UUUUUUACUUGUCAAAGUCAAAAUUUAAACUCGUUGAUUUUUUUUUAGAUUUAAGAUUUAUUUAUCAUGUGCUUUUAUAGUAUGAUAUUUUAAUUUGUAUAAUAUAAUUAUGGUAAAAACUGUGUCGUUGGUCAUAGCCAUGUCAUUGUUAGUUAAUGAUGUGCACUUUAUACAAGAUGGUAGCUUCUUAGAGAGCAAAUAUUUUCCAACGAACUUAGUACAUCUGGUAACAACGUCUCUUAUUGUCAAGGAGAUCCCGAUCUUUCCGAAACUAUUCUGGAGGGGAUGUCCACUGCUCUGUUCCCUUAGUGAGGUCGCUGUUUGCCUGUUAUUUAUGGAAGCGUCUUUGCGUUACGUUUGGAAUUACAUCCGCGAAUACAUACUGCGUAACUCUGAUGAUCUUCUAGCGCAACUGAUCGAUGAUGAAAGACUAGAUUGGCUUCUUUGUCGUCUGUGUUGCGGUCAGCGUAACUGCUCUGAAGCUUUUGCCGCCCUGGUACUCAAGGUUACGAGUUUCGCCUUCCUUUUAGGCGUUUGCUGUUUUCACGGAAGAAACGACAGUUAAUCUGUUAACUUGGGCUUGUGUAACAAACUAGCGGCCGGCUCCGGCUCCGCUCGGGUCUUUAACAAAAAUUUCAAAACGAUA